ACGCCACUCCAGUGCCGGACGCCGUUGGCGACGGACGGUUACGCAACAUUGAGAAGAGCCGUUGUAAGGGCCCUCCCUUUCCGCAUGCAACUACUACAACUACUACUAUAGCGCCACCAUCCUUAGACUGGCUCGCUUUCCCUUGCGACCGCGCCAUGCUUCGUGAUCGCCAAUGGCGCCCCUUCUUUCCCUGGGGGAAAAUGAAGGAAAGUCUCCCCCUCGCUAGGAUGUCCGCUCUGAGGGGCCUCGGGUCCAUAUUCGUGUGGAUUUUAGCGUUGUUCUUCGGGGGUAGCGUCCCUCCAGGGGACCAGGGAGACGAAGGGGAAAAGGGAAGAAGAAGAAGCGGCCCUAAUGACAACAACAACAACAAGGCCGAAGAAAGAGGCUGCUCUUCAGACCGUCUCGACAUCGAGGGACCAAGUCGCUCCAUUUUCUUGGUGUCGGGGCAUCGUGGUACGUCCACGGGGAUACCCAUGGGUACGUUGACCUGCCGUGCCAACGUCAUAGGGGCGUUGAAGACCUUCUGCAGGAGGUACGGCGUCUCCGCGCUAUCAUUUGGACCUUCCCAGUACGAAGAGAUUCGCAGUUCAGCAUUGCGUCAUGAAUACCCGAGGCAGGUGAAGAUCGUGGAGGUUGGGCCUAGAGAUGGCCUUCAGAAUGAGAAGGCCUUAGUUCCUACAGAUGUGAAGAUAGAAUUCAUCAAUAGAUUGUCUCAUGCAGGGCAUAAGGCCGUAGAAGCAACAAGUUUUGUAUCCCCAAAGUGGGUGCCACAAAUGGCCGACCACACAGAGGUAAUGAAAGGAAUCCAGCGUGUGAAAGGCGUGUCUUACCCCGUAUUAACACCCAAUUUAAAAGGCUUCCAGGCUGCGGUUGCCGUCCAGUGUGAUGAGGUUGCUAUCUUUGGUGCAGCUUCAGAAUCAUUUAGUCAAAAGAACAUAAACUGUUCCAUAGCAGAGUCGCUAGAACGUUUCAAAGUGGUGACAGAGGCAGCUAAGAAAGCAGGAGUGAAAGUGAGAGGCUACGUGUCUUGUGUUUGCGGCUGUCCUUACGAGGGUCCGGUUAAUCCCAAGGUUGUGGCGCAGGUUGCACUGGAAAUGUAUGAAAUGGGUUGUUAUGAAAUCUCACUGGGUGAUACAAUUGGUGUAGGAACCCCAGGUUGCAUGCGGAAGAUGCUGGAAGAAGUGUUGACCAUUCUUCCUGCGGACGUCCUGGCUGUCCAUUGCCAUGAUACAUAUGGCCAGGCUCUCCCCAAUAUUUUGACAGCACUUCAGAUGGGGAUAAGUGUGGUUGAUGCAUCUGUGGCAGGCCUGGGUGGCUGCCCAUAUGCCCACGGAGCUUCGGGAAACGUAGCAACCGAAGACGUCGUGUAUAUGCUGAACGGUCUCCAGAUUGAAACUGGGGUUGACCUGGAGAAGCUCAUUGACGCAGGAAACUUCAUCUGCAAAGCCAUCAACAGACCGAACCAAAGCAAAGUGAGUCGAGCAAAAACAAGAUGCUAGUCAGUCUAGUUGAGAGGUGUUUUUGACGCGUGCAUAGAGCCGAGGUUAUUGUAAAUUGUGAUACCUUAUAUAUUUAGUAGAUGAUUUUAGUUUGUCUGAUUACUUAGGUUGACUCUUGUUGCAGAUUUGGAAUCAUAUGACAGGGUCAUAUGGCAAUGUAUAUUUUCUCAUUUAGAACAUGUAGGAAUACAUUUUAUGCCUACAUGUUGAUGGAGGAAACCAGAGUAAGAAGAAGUAAAGUCAGAAUGUUAUUUCUUGGUGCUUGAACAUUUAUGAGUUCAGUUCCAUAGUCUUUUCAAGCACCAAAAAUGGUUGAUGUUCAUACUACUGGGUUAAGGAAAAUCAGCCUCAUUGUUUGAAAUGGUUGCAGUUUAAUUUGAUACAAUUAAGACUUAUUGAGAAAGGUUUCUCUGAAGUAAUAUCGGCGACCUUUUUUUUAUUUUCUAUUUAUCGUAGAAUUUGAAGUGUAAUUUUUUAUCAAGACUUGAGAAAGCUUUCUCUAAGGUGAAGACUGUUCUGUCAACGCUUUUAUUCGAGAACUAAUGGAAAGUGUAAUUUCAUAUUGUUGAAGCUUGCUCAUGUAGGAUUUUAUUUUUGUAAAUAAAUGGAAAUGUCAAAUUGGAUUAUGAAUCCUCAUAAUAUUUUUGACAAAUAAAACAUUUUUGUGUUACUGAUGAAGGAGAUUUUAUGUCAGUACCAGUGAAAGAGGGACUCUUAGAUUUUGAAUCAAUGUCAAUCUGAAAAAUGACCAUCAUCGCCCUCUCCUAUUUGGGUAUUAGUGAAAUGUUCUUUGUAGCUGCAGAUAUUUAGCUACUUUAAUUAUUUAAACGGAAUCAUUUGAAGGAUUGAAAUCAUUGUUCAGUCAAAUGUUUGCUUCCGUACAUUUGUCUUUUAGAACGUUUCAUGUGAAAUUGAUUUAUAUCUUAAAUCGUGUGAGAUUGAAUGCGUGGAAUUUAAAAUGUUCCAAAUUAUAUGGGAUUCACAUGUCUAGUAGAAUGCUUUAAUUUUUGUGAGAUUGACACGAGUUUCUUGUCAAAUUAAAUGGUAAUUAUUUUGAAUGUACUGAAGACUACCAGAUAUUAAGAAUAGAGAGUUAAUGUCUUUAUUUCACUUAGCUGACAUGUUAAAAAGUCUUCAGGUACAGCAUUUGCAUUUCCUAGAGCUAAUAAGACACUCAAAGUACAGUACUGUAUCAGGUAUUUACUGGUUUUACUUUCAGAACAUAGAUGGUUCAUUGUUACUAUUUUCCAAGCCUCAGGCUUGUUUUAUUAAUCUCAAAAGACAUAGGUAGGUAGGGCUCGAGUCACAUAAAAAGUGAUGUAUUGAGAAAGUGGUCAUGCAAACUUUAUAAGUUAGAUUAGAGUACGUACUUGAUUUAUGUAGUACCUUGGCAAAACAUUAUUGCUUAAUGUAUUAUUUCCUGGGGUAUUGGGUUUGUUUCACUCAGAGGAAAUGACUAUGAUGUGUGAUUAUAUUUUUGUCGAUGUAUAUUUUGUGUGAUUUGCAACAAGUAGAAUUUGUAGAUUUCUGAUUUUGCUACUCGAGGAUAAGUUGUCUCAGGUGUUUGAUAGGUAGUGAAAGUUUGUUUUUGUCUUUAAUGGUACAAAGUGUUUUAUGUAUGUUUCUCAUUUUAGAAGGAAUGCAGGCUUUUAGUUGUAGUGAUUGUUAGUGGUAUGCUUUUUUUAACUAUAUCGGAGAUCAGAAUCUAAAUUUUACCCCUUUUCGUUAUUUUAUUUACAAGUAUUGUGACUUGUUUUAAAAAGUUGAGCUCAUUUUUCUCAUAAGAUUUAUGUCUUCAAAGUUUUUUUAGAACAGAAAUUUUAAAAGUUCAAUGAUAUAUAAGCAACAAAAAUACUACAGGAAGGUGAUCAUCCCUCUUUUGGAGAAUCGCAAUGUGAUUGCAACUGCUUGCUGACGCAAUGUUUUACUUAAUCCCUGGGGUGUAAUCUAGAGUGCCAAGAACAUGUGCCAUUGGUUUUCUGCCUGUCUUUUGCAUGAGCAUAGAACUUGCUGGCUCAGUGCGUGACAUAAAAAUUCAUAGAACUGAAGUGUAGCCUCUUGAUAGCUGUCUUAGCUCUAGCAGAAAUCCAGAACUACUUUUCUCAAGUGGUUUUGUCUUUCAAAAAUUUUAUUUUCUUUUAACAAUCAUAGAGUUAACUUGGGCCUUUUCCUAUCAGCUUAUUUAGGACUGAUCUUACUGAUAUACUGGUAUUGUUUUUUGUGUAUUUUCCCAGUUUGCAUUGGCUGUACAGAGUACAAUUGCCUGAGUUUCUUGAUGAAGAAAAUUUAAUCCUAUUUAUUCUUUAUUUGUUCAUUAAUUUUUUAGGGAAUCAUCUACUCUUUCAUCUGUAUUCUACCCCUAUUUUGUCUUCUCUAAUAACUUCUGCUAUAUAUUAGAUUUUUGCAUUUUCCAAUGUCAUUGCAAAUUACUUAGAUUCUUGACUUCUUAAUGCCCAAAUUUAUGCUACGUGUAGUGUUCUGGCGAACAUUUCAAUACCUCCCGACACUUUUAAACUACUGGGCCAUUCACAGACCAUCCAUUAUUGUAAUGUACUGUAUAUCCUUCCUGGAGACUGUUCAUGUCCAAGACUUGCCAAGGGAUUCUGGGUGGUACAUACACUAUUGGAUUUGAGGAACUUUUAUCUUAUUGUGGUAGCCCGUUUUUGAGUUUUUUAUGCCCUUACUGAUGGACCUAAUCAUCCCAAUUUGUCUGGAGCAGCUAAGGUGUCAUUAACUAAUCCCAAGUUUUAUUGGUGUUGGACGGCACUUGUUUAGUAUUGUGAUUCAAAUAAAGGUUAUCGUUGAUACCAGUCAAAGGUUGUCGCUGAUACCAGUCACUUACAACAAUGUAAGUGUGUGUGUGUGUGUAUCCUGCUGACUGGGAAGUAUGCCACAUGAGAAGGGUUUUAUAAUAAUGCUGAAUGUUCUUCCUUGACAUUAGCUUUUCCUCCUGGUAAAAUGGUUGUCCUAUCUUUGCAAAUACUUUUCUGUAUUCAGAAAUACAACUAAAACCUUUGUUUUUUGUUUGUGCUCAAUAGCAGUAGUAGUCAGGUUGCUAGAUCUGCUGGGUUCUGUUGAGAAAUUGAAGAAUGUAUAGAUUCAUUGCAAUGACACUGCCCAUCUUUCUUUCUGUAAGACUGAAAUUUAGUUAUAUUGAUCUUUAACACUCAUUAUAAUAUGCAAAUAAUUUAACAUAUGAUGGACAGCAAAUCUUUUCCAGAUGCAGUUUGUUGAUAUAGAAAGUGUCUGCACCAUAUUGUUCUUCAGUAGAUGAGGAUUAAGGUUUAGUGUCAUUAAAAACUUGUUUAGCACAAAUGUAACAGCACUGUGAGUCAUUUAUAGUAGGAAAUUAUAGCAAGAUAACCAAAAAGCAAUUUUAUCUCAAAUUCUGUGGUACUCAUAAGAAACAGUAGUGUACAGUACUGUAGUGUUUAGCAAUUUCACCGAACAAAUCAAUUAUAUAUGCUUGACUGACCAUUGAAGAAUAUAUACUUGUAAUUGUAUAUUAAGCUUAAAUGCAGUAAGCAGUACCAAAUGUAAUAACAAAUAUAUUUUGUAUGUACAAAAUUCCUUUUGUAGUUUGAGUUGCAGUUUAUAAAAGACUUUGUAUAGCCUAGGUUGUUCUUCCCAGAAGUUACCUUGUCAAAAAAAUGACAUACUAUAUUAUACAGCUUUUCCUGCAGUUAUAUAUAUUCCCUCUCAUAUAUAUUUAAGAAAUUUCGUCUUCCUUGGAUAUUGUGAAAUUUUUAUUUAAAGACAAAAUAUGUUUACUCCCAUUUUAACUUAUUUGUAGGCACUUUAUGUCACCCAAUAAAUAUAUGAAGCUGAAAUUUAUUGGAGAUCAGUAAGAACGGUAAUGCUAGUGUAUGUGUGGUGUUACACACUUAUGCCGAAUGUUAUGUAUUUGCCCUGUACUCAGAAAAGCACGCUAACAUUUAACACAGUCAGCUUUAAGAGAGCCUGCUGGAAUUCAGUCAAGUUAUUUCAUCAGCUCCUAGAGGCUUUUGUGUCAUUCUUUGACUCAUUGGCGAGGUUAAACUACCUAAUAGCUAUGAUGUUCUGUGAUACUGGAAUUUUGUAAUGUUGAAAUGGUUAAAGCUUUCUAAUUGGUAGUAGGUAGUCAUAUUGAUAUGAGAUUGAUCAGGGCUCAUGUUUAAAUAGUGCCAGGUUUUAUACUUGAGCAUUGUGGGCAUAGUUGAAAAGUUACUUGAUAGCUUGAUAGUUGCUUUCAUUAGCAAGGAAGGUUAUUAUGAUAUCUCGGUAGUUCUCUCAUAAUUUAAACUGCAAGAUUCUGAAUGUUUUAGAAACUUGUUAGUAAACUGAAUGUCUGAGUGAAACAAGCAUGAAGAUGAUUUUUUAGAAUGUUGCUGGUUAAAAAAAAAGAAAGAAAACAAAGUAUGUAUUGCUACACUUCGAACUAAAGGGAAUCAAGUUGUUUCCAUAUAAAGAGUGACAUUUGGUUAUAUGAAAUAGGGGUUCCUCCAGAAUUUGGUAACAUCAAAUGAUCUUCAUUAAGAAAUAACAAAAACAGGUAUAACCCAUUUCUGUUGAAAUCAUCAUCGCAACACUUUUGGCAUUUACAAAAUUCAGCUUGAUUUAGCCCAUAACAAAAUUCAUCUCAGGAGUUAAAUUAGUUUAAUGUAUUAAAUGACUAGUUUUUACAAAUUAUAUAACAGUUUCAGAUACAUAUUUUUCAGUUUUUAAGGGAGAGCUGUGAAAUAGGCUAAAUUUAAUUUUGGUUACAAGAAGUUGCAAAAGUCUUAUACUUUGCCACAGACUAUCUUAUUUUAUUUAUUGCAGUACGUUUGUUUCAUUGAAUUGAUUUCUCUAAUUACAUUUUACAUGGUAGCUUUUAGAUCUCAGUUGGUGAUUGUGUUUGAUUGUAUGGCUGUUUGGAGAGACACAAGUAAGGUUCGUAACUGCGACUUGGUUUUAGAAGACAAGGUCAUUUUUUGACAUUGAAAUAAUUUCUUGUAAAGUUUCGUUAUUGUAAGGCAGUUAGUACUCCUAUCUCUUCAUACAGCCAGAAAGUUUAAACUGUAGUUUUUGAUUUUGGCAUCAGAAUAGUGUAUGGGUUUUGGAAACCCUUGUUUGCAGACCAUAGACAGCAUUGCCUUAUGGAGCUAGUGUUGAUUGUCACAGUACAGGCAGUCCCCGGGUUACGACGGGGGUUCCGUUCUUGAGAUGCGUCGUGAGCCAAAAAUCGUCGUAAGCCGGAACAUCGUCAAAAAUCCUAAGAAAACUUUGCUAUUAAUGCUUUGGGUGCAUUCAAAACUUUGUAAACUGCAUUUUUAUUGCAUUUUUCAUAAAAAAAACCUUUAAAUAGUGAUUAUUUUGCAUUUUUGGUGUCAUAUUUCAUCUGCCAGAUCAGCGUUUGUAGGCGUCGUAACUCUGGAAAUAAUGUCUGAUGAAUAUAAUUGAAAAGCGUCGUAACCUCGGAAUGUCAUAAGCCGAGACCAUCGUAACCCGGGAACUGCCUGUAUAUGUUUCUUUAACAGUGACAGUCAUUGGAUAGUGCAAUGCUUUGUUUAAAGGAAAAUGUUUGCCACAUAUUUUCGAUAAUAUAGUAAAGUUUUAUUGAAAGGAGAUGUAGAAAUAGAUUAAUAUAUUCAUCUAAUAAAAGUUUCAAAGA